AUGUCCAACAACCCCUCGAUCCGGUCCCGCAGCAGCGAUGCCAGCGUGUGGACCACUGAUGGCAGGUGGAAUGUGCCCAAGCUCCUGGAGCUGUCAGACCUCGUGCGGUCGGCGUUGUCAAAAGGUGCCAACCUCAGUUCCCAGAAGCUUGAGGAACUCAACUUCGUUCUGGAUAUGCUGCUCGUCGAUAAGCUCGACGAGGAGCAUAAGAUUACUUUCUCUGUGAUUCAGCGGGCGAGACUGGACAAGCUGCUGGCCGACAUGCUGAGAGCCCACGACAAAGAGGCCACUGCGGUGCCGCUUGGCGACAACGCCAUUGAGACGGGCUUGAGAAGCGAAACAGAGACUGCCUCGAGCCUACAGAGAUGCUGGCAGUCACGAUUCGAGUCCGAUUACCUUGCGAUUGACAAGUAUCGGUACGAAGAUCUUAUGUCGGGCAGCCUGCGGGAUAUGGUCUGGUCGGCGACCGCGAGUGAUGGGUUAGGCGUAUGGAUACCAAAAGAGGUCAUCGAAAUCUCGGAAGUGGAGGGUAAUGCUACGUUUUUUCCGGGCCAAUAUAAAAUCCACAGCUGGAGUAUCAAACUCAAUAUGGCCAGCGAGGUCUACACCCUCCGGCUUACCCUCGAGCGUCUCCCAGGCCAGACCCCAAUGGAGAAGAUCACCACUAUCCCAAAACCCUCGCAACUCGACGAAUGGCUCCUCUACGAACAGCUAGAACGCGACCAUAUACGGCAGACGGAGGGCCAGAUCAAGUUAGACGACUGGACCAUCGCACGCAAUGUGGAGCGCAUCGAGCGCGACGAGUGGCGGCGCAGCAGGGAGUUUAGAAUCACCAUGUGCGAAGGGAUCAAAGAAGGCUCGGCAGGUGCUCAGUGCCCCGUGGUGUAUGCUGUAGGAGGAAUAGGAUCGGAGUGGAGUCCUAGCAAGGCAUAG